UUUUUUCCUGCUUGUGACUAAGAUCUUAUUUAUGUGAUCGUUACUGAAUUUCAGUCAUUAUAAUAAGGUUACUAUAUUUGCAAGAAGCAAUACAUGAUGACCUUCAACUUCCAGAGGACAUUGGCAGAAAGUGGUACCUAUGUUACGUACUUCUGGGAAGAUUGUUUUUACUCGCUGCUAAUCUAACACCACAUAUCUACUUGCAACAUGUUGCUUAACGCCUGAUUAAAAGAGUCGUGAUAUUCAGAAGGUUGAGUAAAAUUUGUAUAGUCUUGGACCUUCAAAACAACAAGAAUAAACGAAUGAUCAUUCAUAAGUUAACUCUAUGUUGUAGACGGUUAUAUAGAUUUGUCAAGAGCGUCGUGAUGUGGCUCUUUCGUACUGAAAUUUGCUUGUUUUUAUCGGUUUCCGGCAUUCUUUCGGCGUUUUGUGUUCUUGAGUCCAUACUCCACCCUGAAGAUAAUUCUGAAACUUUGGAAGUGUUGGCAUUGUCAAAUGAUACCAGUUCAGAUUCAGAGCUUGACGAUAAUUCAUCUUCAUCGCCAAUUGAGAAUAUAUCAACUUUUUUAUCACUUGUUUUGGGGCUUUUUGCAGUUCUUUUGGCUCUCUGGAAAGUAGUCGUGGUUAUUUUUUUCGGUAGCUUGACACCUGCUGAGAGGGUGUCCCUUUCUAAAUCCCUUUUUCGUUUCGUUCUUUUCCAUUUUAUCAUACUUUCUGGAGCAAUUAAUCCUUCUCGAUUGACAAGUCUUUUGGGAUGGCUUUGUUGGUUCAGUAUUCUUGGUGUGUUGCACAUGUUAACAUCUGUGGCAUGUUCCAGAAGUAAUCAAAUGUCGGCUUCUGGUGCAGUAAAUAUGCGUCAGUGGUUGCGGAUAUACUUCAUGCUUCUAAUGAUUUCUAUUGCAAAUUGGUAUCUACUUAAAGCCGGUCUAGAAAACUGCUUUAAGUUAGCAGAUAUAGAUGUCUCAACUAGUGGCGACUUUCUAGAUGUUCAUUCUCGGAAUUCCUUCCUAACUGGGCUCAAAACACCAACCGUGUUGGGUGCACUAAAAGCUAAAAUAACAGGAAAAAAAGAGCUCUUAUAUGAUGCUGUGGAUGUUGUCGCCCUACUUAUAUCUGAGUUUGCGCUUUUAAUGUGUACAAUAUCCCAUCUUGUUUGUGGAUUAUUCAUACAGACGUAUGAUCGUUGGUGUCUACGCAAAGGUCAAAGCUGGCAAUAUUAUUCAACAGUUACAUACUAUUAUGAGCUCUUUUUCACGUGUUUAUACCGACUAACGGAAAUAACACAUUAUCUACAUCUUUUAUUAUGGAGUAGAGUGUUUUCUGUUGCUAGCCUUGUUGUUUUCUUGCAUGUACGUGUAUCUUACUCAAAUUUGGCGAACAGCAUAUCUCGCCACCUAGCGCAAAGACGUCUGGUGAAAUACAUCAAUGAAAACUAUCAGGCUUGCAAGACAGGACAACAUAUCGCUUCUAAAGAUGCUGGUACGAAAACGGAAGCAUAUGAUAAGACUUCACAGAUGUUCCUCUUCGAUUCUGAAAGUCAGUCUGCACUUAUUUGUGCAAUAUGUUGGGAUGUCAUGACAACUUGGCGUCGAUUGCCAUGCCGCCAUGAUUUUCACGAACACUGUCUUCGUGCUUGGCUUGAACAGAAUCCGAGCUGUCCUACUUGUCGGCGUGACCUUGGCAUACCUCCUAUGCUUCUUCACAACUACAACAGGACACAACGGUCAGAAAACGUAGCACUUGGUAUGCUUAUUCGGAAUUUGUUCAAUAACGUAGGAAACGAAGGGCCAACUACUCGUGAUAGAGUCAAUAAUGUACAGCCAGUGAUUACACCUCAUCAAGCAGUUCGACCUAACCAAAUCUCAGGUAUUUCCAGGAUGUUCGCUACAGCUGUAGGGUUAAAUCUUGGGUUAAGCAUUGGUGCUGCCCCAGUUGUUGCUGCUGCUGCUCAAGCAGCUGCACUAAAUGCACUACCUCGUGAAACAGAUGCCCCUCAAGAUUCUGCUGCUAGUACUUCGAUUGCACAAACCGAAGAAACACCAAUACAGAAUGAGAAUAAUUCAUCUGUGCGAGAAGUAACUCACACGGAUGGCCGAAACAAUCAGCGAACUGCUGCAGGAAAUGAAACCAGAAACCAAAUCAGACGUAGGUCUUUCCAUUUCGAUGGGUCACGAUAUUUCUCAUGGUUACCAUCUUUGCAUGUUGAACUGUCCGAAGUAUUUCGAGAGGUAUUUCAUGUUGGUGGAAUUCAAGGUUUUGGUGGCAUUCAACCUUACGCUUCAGUUAAUGAGUUGAAUAAUCAAACAAAUGUUCAACAAACAUCCGGUCUUAAUGAUACGAAUGUUCAUCAACCUGCCUUUAAUGAAAAUGAUCUGAAUGUAUUACCACGGUAUCUACAUGCCGCUGUUGAUCAGUUAUCCAUUAUGUUUCCACAGUUCCCACGUUCUGUGAUAAUUGCUGAGCUUUUAGCUACAGGUGUUCCAGACUUAGCAGCAGAAAACUUAAUGACCAGACCAUCGCCGGCUGCGCCUACUUCAAGCUCUAGUAACAUGAUUCCUACUACUAGUACUGUUGUAAAUCAAAAUCAGAAUUCAUUCAAUGCAAUGACCAAUACAAAUCGAGAAACUGAAGGAACCUAUCAAGUUACAUCCAAUUCUCCUUAUUUAUUAACGGAACCUUUGAAUAGGACAGAUGUUGACGAAAGAGGUGAAGAAGAAGAAGAAGAAUUAGCCGGAAGUGAUAGAAAUUCAUCGUUUGCUACCAGACGUAAAGCAAUGUUAUCCAAAGCGAGAAAACGUUUUAUGGCAAGAAUUAAUAAUUCUUAGUGAUUUGGUUUUCUGUUUAUUUAUCUUCUUCUUUGAUUUUCUGCACAUUUAUUGAUUUAUACAACUUAAAUAUGGCUUUUGUUUUGUCUUUUAUUUUCUCGUUAUACCAUUAUUAUCAUUAGUAUUAUGUCUUUAUUGUAUUGUUAUUCAUACUGAUUAGUUUCAUGUCGUCAACUUGAAAUGCCCCUUUAUCAAAUUAUUUUUUUUUCCUUUUUCUUUUGCAUACAAAUCAUUUUCAGUUUAACCAAGUUGCCUUUGUUAUUUUCUUUUGCACACAUUGUUCAUAGUGUAAAAAUUCCAAAUAGUGUUUUAAUAUUAUUCUAAUACUUGUGUGUGUGUGUGUGUUUGUAUAUCAUCAGCUUAUGCGUACUAGCAAUGUGGAUUGCAUGGAUAUAUUCACUUGUGUCAAAUGUGUUCAUCUACUCAGUAGUUUGAUCAAUGUAUAAAUCAAACAAACUUGCAUGACUAAGAUUAUUACCACAUUAUUAUUAUUAUUGUUGUUUUGGAGAAUUGGAAUUUUCAUGUUACUCCAAAGAUUAUUAGACCAAGGUAUAUUAUUUGUUGUAUAUUUCAAUUCUUAAUAAUUUUUUUUUUGGUUGAAAAAUGAUAAUAGCUUGUUUCUUGCUUAUUUGUUGAGGGUUUUUUAUUAUUAUUUUGGUCACCACACUAUGUAUGGUCUAGUUGCUUUUAAUUCCCUGUAACAAUGCGUGCAACGUUUUGUGUGAUGAAAAGAUUAUUUAGCCAAUUGUUCAUUUUUGCAUACUAUCACAAUAAAAAUUACUGUUAUUAUUUAUUAUUCGUUGAACUAGCUUCCUCUAUCACUGACCACCGAGUUUUCAUUGAUCAAAAUGAAAACUAACAGCGUUUUUUUUAAUUAUAUUUACUUUCUGGAUAUGUAAAUCCAUGAUAGAAAUAGUGUAUUGUAAUUCUUGACAAGAAUAUAAAUUGUUUCUUUUUUCACAUCUAAAUUUAUUCAUUCUACAAUGUGCUUAACUAGAUAGAUGUAGAAUAAGGAUUUCUUUUUUGUUUUAUGGGAAAUGGAAUUUUCUUGUUAAUGAUAAACCAUAAUUAUAAACCAAUCAUUCUGAUCACAUUUCCAUCACUAUCAGCGUCGUUUACACAAUGAAUACCAUUUGAAAUCAACAACAAAACGAUGGUUUCGCUUUACACCUCAUGUAUAUCUGGUCGAUUAUAAGAUAUAUUAUUUCAAUGUCAUAAUUACAAACACUGAUUAUAUACAAUAUAUAUUUCAACUGGAU